AUGAAGGGAGCCGAUGCGCAGAUCACCACUCUGGUGGACGGCCGCUUCUUCAACCCCAUGACCACUGAGGCAGUGGUGACCAUCUACGUGCCUAAGAUAGAUUGCUUCUUCCGCGCGCCCCCCUCGAGCUCCUUCUACCAGCCCACGCCUCAGGUGGAGGAUACACACGG